AAAACCAAAAUAUUCUUUGAAAUAAGUCAAUUGAUAGAGGUUGUUGGUUGUUGGUGUUUAAAAUUAAAACCGAGCCUCUUCCCCAAAGGAGACACAGAGCGAGAGAGAAUCGUAACAAAAGCGGUAACCGGAAUAAGUUGUCUCUACGAUUUGAGCCAUGGCAACAACAACACCCUCAAACCGAUCAUCAGAGGCGUUUGCUCUCAUGGCAAUCCUCAGCACUCUGCUUUGCACGGCGGUGGCGGCGAAGGAGAGCGUGUACGAGAUACUCCCCAAGUACGGCCUCCCGAGCGGUCUGUUACCGGACACCGUCACCGACUACACGCUCGACGAGGACGGGCAAUUCGUCGUCGUUUUGGCGAAGCCCUGCUACAUACAGUUCGAUUACUUAGUUUACUACGAGACCAAGAUCUCCGGCAAGCUCAGCUAUGGCUCCAUCACCAACCUCAAGGGCAUUCAGGUCCAGCGCCUCUUCAUCUGGUUCAACGUCGAUGAGAUCAAGGUCGAUUUGCCUCCCUCCAACAGCAUCUACUUCCAGGUCGGCAUCAUCAACAAGAAACUCGACGUUCACCAGUUCAAAACCGUUCGCUCCUGCCGCAAAUCCCUCUCUUGCCCACCUUGCCUUCCACGUCCAAUUCAGCUUCCUGCUCCGGUCGAUGAAAUUCCCAUGCUUCUCACGGAGUAGAUCCAGUUUCAUACUAGCUGUUGUAUGGCAUAAUGGAAUAUAUGACGUUUUAACCUGUCACUGUCCCUCUAUUGCCUUAGCUUAUAUCUGUCAAAGUGUUAAGACUCGCAAAACCCAGUCUGGUUACGUUAUAUUAUAUCCACGGGAGACCUUUAUGAACAUGAUAUUAUGUACAUAUUUAAGUUGAGACUUCAACUUCAUGUAUGUUGCUGAACUUUCAGUUGCUGGUAAGGUGUAAACGUGCUUAAUAAUGAAUGCCAAAGUAGGGUCUUGCUAAAACAACGAUUUGCAUGCUGCGCUUACCUGACUA